CCAGUAGGGGGCGUGAAUGCACCAUUUACGUUUGUCAACCGCCAUUAAAUACUAGAAGAAGAAGAAGAGUGACGCUGUGUUGUUCCAGUGUUCACUUGCGCUCUUUUAAACUGAAACAGCAACAUUUAUAGACGGAUAACAGCGAGCAGAGCAAAUCCACACACGCGUAUUGAUAAUGAUGGAAGUAAAAGAGGAACCUCAGGAGGAGGAGGAGAUGCAACAGGAACCUCAUGAUGUCAUCAUUGAAGAAAAAUCUGACUCCAAUCAACAUGGAAAGAGUUCACAAAAAGGACAACAUAUUGAUGACACAAGCAUUAACAAUGAAGAGAGACGUCACACAUGCAAGGAGUGUGGAAAGUGUUUUAAAUGCACUAAAAGCUUUAAGAAACAUUUGGAAACUCACACUGGAGAGACGCGGUUCAAAUGCCAUCAUUGUGAAAAGAGUUUUACACGUGCAAAUGACUUUUAUAUACAUUUGAGAACUCACCCUGAAGAGAUGCUGUUCAAAUGCCAUCAUUGCGAAAAGGGUUUUACACUUGCUAAUGACUUUUAUAUACAUUUGAGAACUCAUCCUAUAGAGAUGCCGUACACAUGCCAUCAUUGUAAAAAGGGUUUUACACGUGCAAAUAAAUAUGAGAAACAUUUGAUAACUCACACUGGAGAGAUGCCAUACAAAUGCCCUCAUUGCAAAAAGGGUUUUAAACGUGCAAAUUGCUAUAAGAGACAUUUGAGAACUCACACUGGAGAGAAACCAUACACCUGUCUUCAGUGUGGGAAGGGUUUUACACAGAAGGGGACCCUUAAGAUUCAUGAACUAAUUCACACUAAAGUGAAGCCUUACACCUGUCCUCAAUGUGGAAAGAGUUUUACAGAGAAAGGUAAUCUUAAGAGUCACAUAACAGUACACACUGGAGUGAAACCUUACACCUGUCCUCAGUGUGAAAAGAGUUUUACACAGAAAGCUCAUCUUAGAGGCCAUAUACAAGUUCACAUCAAUGACAGACCUUACACCUGUCCUGAGUGUGGAAAGAGUUUUUUAGGAAAAUUAAUACUGAAAAACCACUUGAGAAUUCAUACAGGAGAGAAACCUUUCACAUGUACUUUGUGUGGAAAGAGUUUUGCACUGUUGGAUUAUUUGAGAAAACACCAGAAAACACAUAAUGCUCAGAAAACUCACGUGUGUUCUGAAUGUGUGAAAACCUUUUCGACAACCAAAGCAUUGAAAAGGCACCAACGAGUUCAUACUAGAGAAAAACCACAAACAUGAGAUUUACAUUACUUUAAGACACAUGAGAGAGUUACUGUAGAGCAGAGGUCCCCAACCACCGGGUCGCGACCCAGUACUGGGUCGUGGACAAGUUGCCACCGGGUCGCAAGAACGUCCCGAAAAAAUUGUAUAAUAGCCACGUAAUAGCUUAAUCGGGUACUUUGUACUUUAAGAGCCGACUUCAAAUAACAUCAAUCAUUUCCACUUUUGUACAGAGCCACGCUCUCUCUCUUUUUCUCCGCCUCUCUCUCUCUACCAGCGCAUCAGCGAUCACAUUGCUGUCAUUAGAGUUUGAGCAUACAGUACUUCUAAAACACAAUCGAUCAAAGAAUUGCGGAGGUAUGACUUUAUGAAUCAUUUGCAAAUGUACGUCGCAAUGAUGUACAUAUGCGGAGACGUUCAACUGUGUGACAGCGCAAAUGACUGAAAAGUAAUUAUUUUAUUCUUCUUUAAAACAACUUCAGAAUUAUCCAUCGAUCGUAGCACCAUGAUCAAAAUAAACUAUUAGGCUAAUAAUAUUUUAACGGCUACACUUUUAACGUAGGUUUGAAAGGAACCUAAACUUGUCAAUCAUCAUUAAUCAUGGUAAACGUGAGUCUCCGUGCCUCUGCGUCCAGCCGCAAUUUUUCUGGCAUCUCUCCUCCUUCACUGCAUUUUUCUUCUCUUCUGUUACUUGGAAUUGGGUCUCGAGCCCGAUCAAGAUUCGAGCUGCCUUCGAGAACAGCAAGCCAAGUUCGUUUAGGUUCCAUUAAUUAAUAAGACUAAAUGGGCAGGCAAACUAGUAAAAACAAUGAAAGUAAAAAAACAAUAGAAAAUAUACUAUAGCCUAAAUAAAGCAAUUAUUAAUUUUCCUAUUGCAUGGUUGUUAUCUUUACUUCCCUUUAAAAUGUACAUUUUGAAAAGGAGGAUUUUCAGCACGUUUGAACAGCAACUCAUCGACCCCAACCCCCCGGUCCGCAAAUUUUUUUUAAAGCUGAAACCGGUCCGUGGUGAAAAAAAGGUUGGGGACCCCUGCUGUAGAGGAACCGUAUCACUGCACUCAAUGUAGAAAGAGUUUCACCUCAUCAAUGGUUUUAACGAAUCAUACAAAAUCAUGUUGCUGAAAGUAGUCACCAAACUUAUUAUCAGGUUCAAUAUUCUGAAGUACUUCAGGCUGCAUUUUACAACCAUUUUUUUUUUUAGAUUCUUUCUUUAAUUUCGUCGUUGGUCCCACACGUAAAUGAUUUUAUUUAUUUUUUUUGCUGAAGGAGAGCAAAGUCUUUUUUAACAAUAUGCAGUUCUUACAGGUUAUUAAACUCUUAAAACCAAGUGUAUCUAUUUCAAAUGUAAGCUCUUUAGUGAGUACAUAACUUGGUUGAAUGAAAGGAUAGGUGUAAGAAAUGCAUUGGAAAGAUAUUUAGUAGAAUUGUUGUGGUUUUGAGUUUGGUGUGUGAAUAAUGUCCUGAGUCUGUCCAUGAGACAUUUAUUGAUUAUUUUUUUGUGAAAAAUUGUGCUUUAUUAUGUUCAGGUGAUUGUGGGUAAAAUGUGAAUGAAUUUCAUUUUGAGUGAACUAUUCCUUUCAUUGUUGUUAAAUCACAUGAAACAUUGCAAUUGUAUUUAUGGCGUGGGGGUGUGUGUUUGUCAUAUAGAAAUCGAGAUUCUGACCAUGGUAAUGAAUGUCAUAUGGGUUUAUCUGUGCUUAUCACAUUCAUUUUACAAACUAGAAUCAAGGGUUUCCUCAAUGAAUUGUGAGGUUAAGUUUUAGUCAUUUCAUUUUACAUAAAAAAGACAAUUUGAAUUA